ACGCAAACAACGAACAGUGAAGGGUCGCACCAUAAUCUGGAUUAAAACAACAAAAAAUCCGAGAAGAGAAACAAUUAAAAUUCUGGGAAACCAAGAGAUGCUUUUUUAAUCCCUGCCUUGUAUUCAAAGACCCCUCUUUCUCUCUCUAUAUCCUCUUUUUUCUCUCUCAUUUUCUCUUGAUUUAGGAUUCCAGAUGUGAAGAACCCAACUCAAUCCCAUUAAACCCAAGAAAGUUUAGAAGAGAAGAUUAUUGACAGAAAAAAAUAUAGAGAUUUGGAUUUUGGACUUCUGUACACAACAUGGAAGAUUCUAUUGAAGUACAAUGUGAAGAAAAUAAAGAAUUUCCGGAAAAGAACAAGAGAAGACGUUUCAAGACACCAUACCAACUGCAGGCUUUGGAGGAUUUUUAUAAUGAACACAAGUACCCAACUGAGUCCAUGAAGACAGAGCUUGCAGAGAAUUUAGGUCUGACCGAGAAGCAGAUUUCUGGAUGGUUUUGUCACCGCAGAUUGAAGGAUAAGAGAAUCAUAAAUGGUGAAUUAAACCCACUUGGCAAGCAAGAAAUUUCAAGCGGUGUUAUACAAGAUCGUGGUAGUGGACUAAAACAGGAUUCAUGUAGUAGCAACAAACAAGGUGAUUACAGACUUGCUGAUUUGAGGGAGGUUGAGAGUAGGAGGUUUGGUCACAAUGAUAUCCCUGUUCCCGAGAUAAACUACGAGCAAAGGGUGCUUGAUGAUGGAACUGAGAUAGAUGAUACAUCUUCAGAAAGUAAUUCAGCUCCGCAGGGUAGCUUUUACCCUCAUAAAAGGAGUCCUUUGAAUGUCGAAACAACAGAAUACCGGGCACCAAAUGGAUUUGUUGCUCCAAACAGGAGGCGUGCGGGACCCUCAGGAUACUUGAAAAUCAAAGGUCAGACCGAAAAUGUUGCUGUAACUGCGGUCAAGAGACAGCUAGGAAGACAAUAUCAGGAUGAUGGUCCUCCUCUUGGGAUUGAGUUUGAUCCGCUUCCUCCUGGGGCAUUUGAAUCACCAUGCAAGAAUGUGAAUACUGAUGCUUAUGGAGUUUCUGAACAUGUUGGCUCUAGCUCUCUUGAUGUCGGUGUCAUUCAUAAGAGACAUAGCCUUAGCACAAUACAAAAUCAGGACAAGUGUGUUGCUCCUGCUAACUCCAGAUCCAUGCAUAAAUCAGACUCAGACACUUUCUCUUACCGUCAACCUAAACAGAAGUCCCAUUUCCCUAAUCAUGGCCGUGUUCUCCCAGUCCAGAAAUCUCCUUUCGGUGUUGCUUCCUACUCUGCUAGAGAAACAUCAGAUUAUGAUGGCAGUAUGAACAACGGGAUCCGGCAUAAGCAUGAAUCAUCAGGUAUGGGAUCAGAUUCCUAUGGUGGAAAAUUUACCAAUGAACCAGAAGAUCCUUGGUGGCAUAAUUAUGACAAUGGGAAUUCUGUGGCUGUCCAUAGAAGAGAACGAUUAGAUUCCAGAUCUGUUGCUCCACUAGUUGGGCAUAAGGACCCCAUAGAUACAGAGGACAGGGACAGGGUACCGCCUAGCAGGAUAAUGAAGGAUGUAGAACUUUAUGCUGAGAGAAGACCUGUAGUUGAGUAUCAUGAUUUCAACAGAUUGAAAAUGCGCCCGAAUGAGCUUAGAGCUGGGAAAAGAGGGAGAGAAGAAUUGCUGGAAGAAGAUUAUGCUGCCAUCAGAUCAUCAUCUCAAGAACCACCACAGUGGUCAAGACAGAUUAGAGGAUCAACAGAAAUGCCAUCAAGUUUCAGUGAGGAUGAAACUGCAGAAACGAGCUCCUCUAUGGACUGAGGAUUUGAAGUGUCAAAUUAUGGCAGAAUUACAGAAAACAUGCAGUUUGAGUUUGAUGAAAGAGAUUGCAUCCUCGGAAAGUCCAUUGUUGGGUUGUACAGUUGAUUAGAUGGAACAACGUUUUUGCUCGAUCUAUAUAUCCCCAUCAAAAGUUCAUAUCCAUACAUGCAACUCUCUCUUUCCCUCUCCUGCUCGGUUAGCAGCAGCUUUUAUUGAAGAAGAUUGGUUAUUUUUUCGAUGGCAAGAUUGCUUGAUCAUCUUUGUGUCAAUAGUUGUGUAAAUUAUCCGAUUUGCGCUUGUUUAGAAACUAAUGAUGUUGUUAGUUACCUUGUAAAAGCUGUUUUGCAUAUGCCAUGGCGCUUAGGAUUCGAUUGCUAGUGUUGAUUUUUUCGGUAUAUCUUAUACUCCGUACAAGUAGUUGUUUCAAUUUGUUCAGCUUAUC